AUGAGUUUCUUUGGUGCUACUGGUGGGUUUAUGGGGGCGUUUUGGUCGCAGCAGAGCAACUCUUCGAUGUACCAGUGCACGAUGCAGUUGGCACUAAAUCCUCUCGUGUUCAUUUCUGGUGUACUGUCAGGCAGUACGCCUCCUACAGGACUAUCUGUGACGCCAAUCCCAAACUAUGUCAUCGAAUACGCGCCUCUCAUCUGGCUCCAUAGCCAAGAUCCCUACAGACCCUCCGGCAUCGCGCAGCAGCUCGCUCAUACAACACCCAUGGUCAACUGGACAGCCGUGCAAGACCUUCCCGCGCCGGUCUCCCUCAGCAAUCUAGACAGUCUCAACGAGUACGGAAACAGCAGUGUCUUUUUGACGUCGAAGGAAGGCAUUGAUGCUGAUCCGCAGCCGGCGUGGUUGUAUGGCGAUACUUUCGAUCAGAAUAAUAACACUGGGAAUGCUAUUUCGUCUGUGGUCAUCACUCGUGACCACGGGAAUGACACGCUUGAUGCGUUUUACUUUUACUUUUAUGCGUACAAUGAGGGAAACACGGUCUUGGGAAUGGAGUUUGGUAACCACAUAGGAGAUUGGGAACACAACAUGAUUCGUUUCCAGAAUGCAACGCCAGAAGCAAUCUGGUACAGCCAGCAUGCUAGCGGACAAGCAUUCACAUACAACGCUACAGAGAAACAAGGCAAGAGGCCUUUGGGCUACUCCGGAAAUGGCACCCAUGCCACUUAUUCCACUCCCGGCAACCACGAUCACACAAUCCCGGGCCUCAACCUUCCUGCCGGCUUCCUAGUCGAUAAAACCGACCGUGGAAUCCUCUGGGAUCCCACCAAAUCCGCAUACGCAUAUAGUUAUGAGCCCGCCACAAAGACCUUUCAGGCCUACGACCCCAGCUUCCCAGUGAGCUGGUUGUAUUAUAACGGACAAUGGGGCGAUGAUGCACUACCGGGGGGACCGGAGUUGUUUGGGCAGAAAAAGUGGACGGGAGGACCGAAUGGACCGAAGUUCAAGCAUUUAGAGAGGGAGGAGGUGUGUCCGUCGCAUCCGUGCGUAGUCUUGCCGUUUCGGUCAUGGGAAGAAGGAGAGGGUGUGUCUGAAUAGCGUAGGGGAUGUCUGGUGAUUAAUGAUGCGCAUGGAUAAUGCCCCGCAAUAGCUGCUCAUGUGGGGUUCAGAUUGCCUGCAGCUUUUAGAGGUUCCAUAUCGGUGGUGCGUGUCCUGUAGAUUAGCAUUUGUCAUGGAAUUGAAUUUCAAAUGAUGUUCUUUCAGUACUGCGCAGUGCUUGAC